AUGGUGACUCUCCCCACCUCCCAGCUCCUGUCCGCGGAGAUCUUGCACCACCACGGCCUUGUGGAGCGGCUGGUGGCCAUCGCUGACCCACUGCUCAGCCUCUGCCCCCCAGAAGUGCAACAGCAGCUCCAGCCCUCGGUCCAGCCUCUGCAGGAGCGCUCGGAGCACCUCCUGCGCCAGAGCCUGGCCUGCACCCUGCGCCUGGAGCGUGCCCAGUCUCUGCUGGCGCAGUUUUCUGAGGCCCGCGAGGAGCUGUGCCCAUGGCUGGAGGAGACACAGUGGGCAGUGGGGCAGUUCUCCCCUGAUGGCAUCAGCUGCGAGGCCUUCCGGGAGCACCAGGAGCUGCUGCAGGGUCUCCGAGAGGCCAUUGCCGAGCACAAGCCCCUGGUGUCCAAGCUGCAACGGCUGUCGGGGCAGCUGGCCGAGUUCAGCCCGCAGGAGGCAGCCCCCUUCCAGCAGGGCUGGCAGGCGGCCGAGGAGCAGUACAGAAGCAUCCGGGAAAGGGUUCGCCAGGCGGCGGCUGUGCUGGAGGAGGCCAUCCCACGAUACAGCCAGCUGUCUGAGCGGAUGGAGCUGAUGGUGGAGAGCUUGGAGAGGCUUCAGAGCCGCAUGAGGGACCCCCCUGCGGUGCGGGGGGACUCUGCCUGGCUCCGGGAGCAGAUCCGGGAGAACGGCCUCCGACUGGCGGAGCUGGAGAAGCUGGGAGUGGCUCUGGAGACCCUCCGCGGGCAGGGGGCUGAACUGCUGGCCACCAUGCAGGCAAGCGGGAACAGAGGAAUCCAGGAUCGUGUGGAGCAGCUGCUGAGCCAGUGGAAGACGCUUUGGGAGCAGAGCGAGGAGAGGGAGAACUGGCUGCAGGGCCUGCUGGUGCUGGCCGACCGCUUCUGGCAGGGCCUCUCGGACCUCGCUGCCACCCUUGGAGACAUCCAGCAGGUGGUGCUGAAGCCAGAGGAGGCUGCCACGGACCCCAAGGCCAUCCAGGCUAGGCUUGGGGCCAUGCAGGCCCUGCGAGAAGAGAUCGACUCCCUGCAGAGCGAGCUGGACUCCCUGGGCGUCUUGGGCAUGGAGCUGAUGUCGUCGUGUGGAGAUCUGGACAAGCCAGACGUCACCAAGAGCCUAGAUGACCUCUACUCUUCUUGGAACAGCCUGAGCAAGGUGUGGGGUGAACGCCAGACCCGCCUGGAGGAGCAGCUGCAGGCCUCACUCAACUACCAGCAGUCCAUGGAGAGGCUCCUGAGCUGGCUGGAGGCAGCUGAGUUGAGGAUUGCAGAGGAGUUCCUGGUCGGGGGGGACUUGGACCUGGUCAAGCGGCAGCUUUCAGAACUCAAGGAUUUCAAGCGAGAGCUAUACCAGGUCAAGGUGGAUGUAGAAAGCCUGCGGCACCCAGUGAGCCCCAGGGGGGCCAACACCAAGGGGGCCCCCAGCUCUCUCUGCAACUUCCGCGACCGCUGGAACUGGCUGGAGGAGGAAAUUGUGAAGCGGCAGCAUCGCCUGGAAGCUGCCCUCCUGGGUCUGGGUCAGUUCCAGAACCAGCUGGAGGAGCUCCUGCAGUGGCUCCUUCGCACCACAGAGCAGCUGGAGGCCCCCACCGCCCUCAGCCUGGAUCUGCAGAGCUGUGAGAUUGAGCUAGCAAAGCACAAGGUGCUGCGGAACGAUGUCGUCUCUCGCACCCGGACCGUCCAGUCGGUGAGGGAGGCCGGGGAGGCCCUGGUGCUCUCUGGGGCAGGGGACUCGGUGGAGGGGCUCCAGAGCAGCCUCCAGCAGCUGGGCCAGCGCUGGGACUUCCUCUUGGGCAAGACGGAGAGCCGGCAGCUGGAGCUGGAGAACAACCUCAGCCAGGUGCAGGAUCUGACCUUGGAGAUCACAGAGCUGCUCCAGUGGCUGGAACACGUGGAACUCCAACUCUUUUUCUCCAAGCCCGGCUGGGAUCACCCAGAGACCACCAAGGACAAGCUGGCAGCGCAUCUGGAUUUGUGCCGAGAGAUGGAGUCCAAGCAGCAGACAUAUCACAGCGUCCGGGAGCAGCUCCAGCGCCUGCUGGCCACUAGCCACCCCCCACGGGCUUCCAGCAUGGAGCACAGCCUGAGCAUCCUAGAUCAGAAGUGGGGCAGCGUUGCCAGCCUGGUGCAGGAACGGAAGGAGCAGCUCAGCGAAGGGCUGACGGUCAGCACCGAGUUCCACUCCACGGCCCAGGAGCUGCUGCAGUGGGUGGGGAGGACAGAAGAGGCCCUGGCGGGGCUCCCCCCACCCAGCUAUGUCCUGGAAACCGUCACCAGCCAAAUCCAGGAGCAGAAGGCCCUGGCCAAGGAGACCCAGGCGCAGAGCGAGAAGCUGGCUGGCCUGGAGGCGGUCGCCAUGCGCAUGAAGGGCUUCAGCCGGAAGCAGGACUGCAGCCUCAUCCACAGCCUGGUGCUGACCGCCAAGGAGAGGCUGGCAAAGGUGGCACAGCAUGUGGCCGAGAGGGGGGGCCAGCUAGAGGAGGCACGCAAGCGCACUAAGCAGUUCUGCGAGUCUUGGCAGCUGCUCCUCGACUGGCUGGAUGAGGUGGAGCCUGACCUGGAGGGAACCAGCAAUGCUGCCGUGAGCCAGGAAGAGCUCAAGGGCCUCUUGGAGGAACACAAGGCGUUCCAGAAGGGACUGCGUGCCAAGCGCCCUGUCUAUGAGGCCACCUUGCGGAGCGGGCGCCUCCUCCGGGAGAAGGCGCUGCUGCCUGACGACACCCAGACCUUGGAGGAGAUGCUGGCGGAGCUGAGGGGCCGGUGGGAGGCGCUCUGGGGCCAGGCGGCUGAGAGGCAGCGCAAGCUGGAGGAAGGUCUGCUCUUCUCAGGCCGCUUCACAGACGCUCUGCAGACCCUCAUGGAUUGGCUGUACCGGGCUGAGCCCCAGCUGGCUGAGGAGACCCCCGUGGGUGGGGACAGGGACCUGGUCAGUGCCCUCAUGGACAAGCACAAGGUCUUCCAGAAGGAGCUGGGCCAGAGAGCCAGUUGCAUCAAGGCGCUGAGGCGCUCCUUGCGGGAUCUGACGCGCGGCAGCAGCAGUGGUGGCACAGGAGACUCCCAGUGGCUCCAGAGCCAGGUGGAAGAGCUCAGCCACCGCUGGGAGCUGGUCUGCCAGCUCUCCGUCUCCAAGCAGGACCGGCUGGAGGCUGCCCUACGGCAGGCCGAGGAGUUCCAUGCCCUGGUGAACUCCUUCCUGGGGCGCCUGACUGAGCUGGAGAAGUCCAUCAAAUUUGGUGCCCUCCCGUCCGAAGAGGCAGCUGUGCAGGAGUGCCAGAGCCAGCUCCAGGAUCUGCAGCAGAGCCUCCAAUGCCAGCAACUGCAGCUGGAGUGCAUCAGCUCCCUGGGGGACGAGAUCCUCAGCACCUCCCACCCGGACUCCGUCAUCACCAUCCGGUCGUGGGUCACCGUCGCCAGGAGUCGCUUUGAGGAGGUGCUGAGCUGGGCCCAGCAGCAGGAGGAGCGGCUGCAGGUGCAGGCGGCCUCUCUGGCCACGGAGCGGAAGGAAGUGGCGCGGCUUAUGGACUGGAUCACGGCCGCUGAGGAGGCCUUGAGCCUCCGGGAUGAGGAGCCCCUCCCAGAGGAUGCGGAACAGCUGGAGGAGCUCAGCGCCCAGCACGGGGUGUUCAUGGAGGAGCUGACCCACAAGCAGCCAGAUGUGGAGAGGGUCACCAAGAGCUGCAAGCGCAAGACAGCCCCUGAGGCGGGGGGAAUUGCCCCUGGCUCCCGCAAGCUGCCUUCCCGGCGGCGCAGUACCAGGAAGCUCUCCCCCAGGGCCCGACCCAUGCCCCUCGAGGACCUGGCCCCCCAGAGCCCCCUCCUGGCCCAGCUGGUGCAGCGCUGGCAGCAGCUGUGGCUCUUGGCCCUCGACCGCCAGUACCGGCUCCAGAACGCCCAGCAGCACCAGCGAGAGCUGGAGGAGUUUGCCCACUUUGACUUCUCGGUCUGGCGAAAGCGGUACAUGCAGUGGAUCGGCCAGAUGAAAUCUCGCAUCCUGGACGUCUUCCGGGGCAUUGACCGGGACCAGGACGGGCGCAUCACCCAGCAGGAGUUCAUCGAGAGCGUCCUCUCCUCCAAAUUCCCCACCAACCCGCUGGAGAUGAGCGCUGUGGCCAGCAUCAUUGACCUCAACAGGGAUGGCUUCAUUGACUACUAUGAGUUUGUGAGUGCUCUGCACCCCAGUCGGGACAUCCUGCGCAAGGCGGCUGAUGCGGACCAGAUCCAGGAUGAGGUGAACAGGCAGGUGGCUCAGUGCAACUGUGAGAGGCGUUUCCAGGUGGAACAGAUUAGUGCCAACCGGUACAGAUUUGGGGAGUCACAGCAGCUGCGCAUGGUCCGCAUCCUGCGGAGCACCCUGAUGGUGCGUGUGGGUGGAGGCUGGAUCGCCCUGGAUGAGUUCCUGGUGAAGAACGACCCUUGCAGAGUGAAGGGAAGGACGAACCUCAAGAUCAACGAGAAAUACCUGACGCCGGACCCUGCGGGGGGCAAAGGGGGCGGCUCUCAGUCUGCAGCCCCCGCCUCCAAGGCGCUGUCUCCCCCCAGCCGCUCCAAUUCCAGUCUCAGCCUCUAUAGCAGUGCUUCAGCCCCCAGCAGCCCCCUCACCAGGAAGUCUGUCCUGCGCAGGACACGCUCCGGGGAUCGGUGCCUCCACUCUCGCAGCUCUCUGGUGACGGACGGGGCGGAGCUGACCUUUGCCAGAGGAGGAGGAGCCUCUGAGGAUGGAGGAGGAGCCAGGGCGGAGGCGGAGGCGGAGGCUGAGGCUGAGCCCCCUCCAGAGCCCCCCGGAGGCCCCCCGCCCUGA